UUUGUGAAUGGUCAAUUCUGCACUAUCCACUGCUCAGCGACGCAGCAUAAAUUUGUUUUAUCAGCAACAACAACAAAUUUGUGUUGGCGGCGCUAACUUCGCGCGGAAGGCUGCAGCAGCUGGGGAAAUUCAGCAUGGCAGAAAACGUAUAUUUGUUCGUCCCUAACCUGAUCGGGUAUGCAAAAAUUAUACUUGCAUUUGCCUCAUUUUAUUACAUGCCAACAUCACCUUACGUUGCUGGAUUCCUCUAUUUGAUGAGUGGUUUCUUGGAUGCACUUGAUGGACAUGCAGCUAGGGCUCUGAACCAAGGAUUUGAUGUUGUUUGCUUUGAGCAAGAAGAUGAUUUUGGUGGUUUGUGGCGAUUCACCACUGAUGAUUCCCACAGCUCUGUGUGCAAAUCAACAGUCAUCAACACAAGCAAGGAAAUGAUGAGUUACAGUGAUUUUCCUGCACCGAAGGAUUUCCCUGUUUAUAUGCCCAAUGUAAAAGUGAUGGAGUACUUACAUCUUUAUGUCAAACACUUCAAUAUUUCAAAAUACAUCAAGCUUGACACUGUGGUAAAAUCAGUCAAAAAAAGUGAUGAUCAUGAUCUCACUGGAAAAUGGGAUAUUACCUUUUUUCCACAUGGGAAAGAAAUAAUUGGGCAAAAAUGUGAGACGUUUGAUUUUAUCUUUGUGUGCACUGGCCAUCACUGGAUCAAAAACCUGCCACACUUUGAUGGUAUUGAUGAUUUUAAAGGCAAAAAGAUUCACGCCAAACAAUACAAAGAUUUCAAAGGAUAUGAAGACAAAAGAGUGCUGGUAAUAGGUAUUGGUAACUCUGGUGGUGACAUUUCAGUUGAGUUGAGUCGUCAUGCAAAACAAGUCUUUCUAAGCACAAGAAGAGGAGCCUGGGUAAUUCCUCGAAUGGCCCAUGGAGGAUACCCUUUAGAUCAGUUCAAAAAUCGACGAAUAAUGUCACUUAUACCAAAAUCAGUUGUUGAGAUCGUUGGUCAAAAGAUAGCAAAUGAAAGGUUCGAUCAUAAGAAGUUUGGGCUGAAGCCAGAACACGGGAUAACACAACAACAACCAACGGUAAAUGACGACCUUCCAUCAAGGAUUUCUACAGGGAAAUUGAAAAUCAAACCAAACGUGAAGCUGAUAAAAGAGAGAAGUGUAGUGUUUGAUGACAAUACGGAAGCUGCUGAUCUUGAUGCAAUAAUAUUUGCGACUGGAUACAAAAUUGGCUUUCUUUGUCUUGAAGAGGGGCUUGUACCAGUCGAAAGAAACCAGGUACCUCUGUACAAGUAUGUUUUUCCAGACAGUCACGAACAUCACACAAUGGCCAUAUUGGGAUGUUUACAACCCAGUGGAGCUAUAAUGCCGCUUUCAGAACUCCAAGCACGUUGGGCGUGUAAAGUGUUUAGUGGGACAAAAUGUCUUCCUAGUUUGGAUGAAAUGAAAGCAGACACAGAGCGAAAAAGAAAGGCAAUGUCGGAACAAUACUAUCAGGCCGACAGACAUACCAUUCAAGUGGACUAUAUUGAUUACGCGGAUGAAAUCGCAAGGGAGAUAGGCUGCAAGCCAAAUAUUUUGAAGCUGCUCUUCAAGGAUCCGUCUUUGGCCUUUAGUUGUUUAUUUGGCCCCUGUGUACCGUAUCAGUACAGAUUAAUGGGACCAGACCCUUGGGAUGGAGCAAAGAAAGCCAUAGAAGCUGCUGAAGAGAAUACUAUUUUUCCGACAAGAACGAGAAUUGUCAGCAAGACUAACGAGACUGGUUUUACAAACAAAACUUGCUUAGUGGUUGCCUUUAUAUUUUUAAUGCUUGCAAUUGCUGUUGCUGUCUUAUGCAAGAGGAUGUAAAAAUUGAGUAUAUGCUUUAUUACAUCCACUUGUACAAUAGAUAACGCUUUUGAUUUGAAGCUGCAUGAUUGUUAUUUUGACCAAUAAACGUGAUUGUUAUAUACAUAUUAACAUGCUUUUAAAUUUUUAUAGUAAUGAAAUUCGCUUGAGGGCCUGCUUGCUGCAGUCUCUAUGAUUAUACAACCAUGUGAAAUACGUUGUUUAUUCAAUGUGGCUAAGACUUUGUGUUCUUUCAUUUUUGCUAUUAAGAACAUAUUGCGCAAGGAAUUGUUUGCAGAUCGUUAAGUUUGCAUGGUAUAAAAACUAGAAAGAGAGCACAUUCUGAAAGGCCUAUUUCCUGCUUCAUUAUAACUCGACGGUAAACAGUCAUUAUUUCUGAAUACACUCCUUUUUUACAAGAACCAAUAUUUUUCUGAAUUCUUCUUAAAUUAAUAGGGUGUAAGCAGUGCAAUUGCUAGCUUUUUCGCCCUAGGGAAGUGUUCAGGCCCCAUUUACAGACAA